UCUUCUCCCCUCGUGUAGCUGAGAGGAAGGAAAGGAAGAAAGAGAAGUAGCUAGCUCAAAUGUGCCUCGCUCUGCUGCCGGGGCGCGGGGGCUUGGCUGGAAGGAUCUAGUUUCUCAUCAGUGGCAGGAAAAGGAGCCACAGGAGGCGGCAGAGACGGACACCCAGACAUGCCCGUCCCGUCAGGCUGCUGGCUCCUUCUCCUCUGCCUCACUGCCGCUGGCAAACAGUUGUCACUACAAAUCACUCCACCGUGUGAAAGCGAACAACACUAUGAAUACUCUGGACGGUGCUGCACAAAGUGCGAGCCAGGAAAGUAUAUGUCUGCUAGAUGCACUGGUAGUUCUGAUAGUGUGUGCCAGCCGUGUGGCCCAAACGAGUAUAUGGAUGUAUGGAAUGAAGAAGAUAAAUGCUUACUACAUAAAAUAUGUGAUCAAGGGAAAGCUUUGAGAGAAGUGAACCCAGGGAACAGCACAUUUCAGCGGCAGUGUGCUUGUACGAUGGGCUACCACUGGAAUGAAGACUGCGACUGCUGUCAGCGAAAUUCCAUAUGUGCUCCAGGAUUCGGAGCCCAGCAUCCUGUGCAACAAGACAAGGACACAAUGUGUAUACCAUGUGCCAGAGGUUACUUCUCAAAGGUUGCUUCAUCCACUGACGAGUGCAAAUCCUGGACCAACUGUACAGCUCUAGGGAUGGCAGAAAUCAUGCCUGGGACUGACAAGUCAGAUGCAGUUUGUGUAGAACGGAAGAUGCCUGAGCCAUCGGAAGACAGAACAAACAGGAUCUUAUAUUUGUUGAUUGUCAUCUUGUUUUUUGUGGCACUCAUUGGCAUUGUCGUCUUCAUUAUAUACUACAAGAAUAAGGGAAAAAAGCUGACAGCAGAUCUACAGAACUGGGCUAAUGAGGUAUGCAGCCAAAUAAAAGGAACAAAGGAUCCCCCCAGAGAUGCAUUUGUCACCAUGAACAACAUGAAUGCUGCUGUCCCCCAGACCUCUGAAGGCACAGGUCUCCUGGGCCCCACUGGCUCUCCUGCCCCUGGAAAGUCAUGCUGCAGCAGUGGCCACGCUCCUUGCAGGAAUGGGAGCCCUGGCACAGCACCAUGCGAGGUGGGAGGGAGCUUCCAAGAGUUCUCUGUGGUAACUGAGACUCAAGAUGACCAUUUCCCAACAGUACCCACAGAAGAUGAAUACAUGGAUAAGGAUCUCAAUACCGCUGAUUAUUUAUCUUUACUGAGUCGGACUGCCAGUAAAACAGUGUCAUCAUUUUCAGAACCAAUGGAGGCAGGGGAGAACGACAGCUUAAAUCAGUACUUUUCAGGGAUUGGGAGCACAGAGGAUGUAUCAGUCUCUCAAGGCUCUCACUCUUCCUCCAACAUAGAUGGGGCACACACUGCCACAGACAGACUUCUUCAGAAAUCUUGCCAACAUGCCCACAGUUGCCUGAAGGAAACGGGCAACAAAGACACAGAUCGUUUUGCAACAAACUAUGACUCAGAGAAGAUCUGUGUGAGGUGUGGCAUUUCAUACAGGGAAUCUCCCAGAAAGUGGAGCAAACCCUGUUGUGCUGCGGCCAACAGUGCCUCCACAUCUCCAGAAACUGGGUCCUAUGCACAGUGCAUCUGUGGCUUGAAUUUUCUCUCUGCUGGUCAGAGCACUCUAACAAGUGAUCAUGGUAUAGAAGAUGCAUCUUUGGAUAGUACCAACGUGAAGCACCAGAACACAAACAGAAGCACUUCAGGGACAAACAGAAGCACUUCAGGGACAAACAACAGCAGCACUUCAGACCUCCCUCCAGCAUCUGGAAAUGUGACUGGAAACAGUAACUCCACCUUUAUCUCAAGUGGACAAGUAAUGAAUUUCAAGGGCGACAUCAUUGUUGUCUACCUUAGCCAAAACUCCCAGGAGGGGCCAACGGCCUCAGGGCCAAGUGAGGAGAACGUGGGAAGCCCCGUGCAGGAGGAAAACCUCAGCCGCUGCGAGACUUUUGCUGGCAAUGGCCAGCACUACAAGGAGAAGUGUGCCGUGCUGCAGGGCGCCUGCCCGGCGGCAGGGAGCGGGGGGGUGCGGUGGCCCGCCGGACCCCUGGCUCAGGAGCGGGGCCCAUCCUGCCACGGCCAGGCCUUGCAGCCCGUGCAGGAGGAGGGGAAGCUGGGACACUUCUCGGAAAAGGUGUUGAACUGAGGCGAGCCGGUGUCCUUGCUGCGGGCUGGGGUGCCAAUGGGCAGCCCAUGCAAGGAGGUGUGGGGUUGCCAUGGGGCUGCUGAAAUCCCAGUGUCGUGACAGAUUCGGAGACUGUGGCUGCCCCUGGUGCCUCCUAGGAAAUUUUACAGCUGGAAAGGACCCUUGUGGUGCAUGUUGUCGGUGGUGGUGAUGCUCUCACUGAGGAGGUUACCAGUGGGGACAGGUGCAGGCGUGAAGCUGGGCGUGCUGCCCCCAUUGCAGUAGCAGUGACAGGGCACUCUCCUCUCCCUUGUGGGGCAGCGGGCUGCCUGCCUGCCCUCCGCUUCCUGGCACCUCUCCCUGGCAAGCGACAAAAGAGAGUUGAGGAGAUCCUUUGGGCUGGGGAUUUUGCGAGAAGGAGAGGCAGCGUUAUUGACUGGGUGCACAGGGUGCUUCCGGAGAGGGGACGACAUGGCAGAGAGCCUCACUGAAAGGGGCCCCUGAGCUCUAACUCGGUGGUUUCUUUUUGCAGCUAAGCUGCACACCCAUUUUGCUGGGUCUUGGGCCUUCUCAAUGCCUCUGGCGGUGGAAGUGUCAGCCCCAUCUGCUGCUGAGCCUAGUGCCGCUGCUGACCUUCACCUCCCCAUGGGGACUGCGCAGGUGGCAUCAGCCCUUCCUGUCUUCCCCAAGGGAGCAAACAGUCCAGUCUCAAACCAGUGCCAGAGCCCAGAUCCUGGUCUGUCCCUUAUUAACUUGUGGGUAUGAAUAGAUGUAAGACUACCCCAAGUGCACAACAACAGGCAAAAUAGAGCUGAUAUGCCUUACAAGCAUAUCUGAUUAAUCCUGAGCAAAGAACAUUUAUAGUUUUGGACCCUGAUUCACCUCUGCCUUACUGCACCUUGCCAGAGGAAUUCAAACCCCUGAAAAUGAGAGUGAUGUGUGCCUAGCACACUGCUGCAUGAAUAACUUCACUGACGUUUAAGGCACAGAGCUGCUAGCAGGUGUAGGAAGGGUCUACAGUAACCGACUGUGGACAUUUCCUGAAUGACAGGAAAGGGGGGGAUUACCCAAAGAUGGAGAAUUUGGUCAAGGCCAAACAUACAUUCCUUCAUCUGCCCAAAUAAUUUUGUCAUUCCCUCUGAUACUUUCAUUAGUAAGCAGAGCUUUACUUAGGUAGCAUGAAGCUAUUUUCAGAGCUCAGCUUGUCUGAGUUGAAGUCAGAGUGUAGCCACUGUCACACUGAGAGCUGAUAAGCAAUGGGACCAAACAGUUGGAUUUAAAGAAUAAUAGUAGUUGUAGUUAGAAGGGAGUCUCAGCUACUCAGCCAGCUUUGGUUUGGGUCCGGUAUCCUACGGUCUCCUCCAGCAGCCACUGUGGAGAGAAAGGUGAAGGGAACAGAGUCUCAAGGAACUCCGCAAGAGGAAGAGAUAACACUUUUCAUGGUUUUCUGACAAGGGGUAAUUUUCUGACAUUGUCCUGCACAUGUGAGCACUGCAGGAGGCGGUCUUCAGUCUGAGCCUUCAGGAGGGUCAGUGCUGUGUUUCCUGCCAGACAGCAAAGGGAUCUCUUACCUAUUGUGAUAUCAUCUGCCCUGACUGAAAAGGUCUCUGGUAGGGAGGGCUCUUCCCCAGGGAGGUUUUAAAGCCAAGGAGUUCACUGCAUAGCUGUUCUGUUUGCCAUAGAACUGCUCUGCAAAUGAAGAGCACCUAUAAAGCUGACAAGGUGACCACUGUGUCAUGAUGAGGUUCUCGUCCAUAAUUCUGCAUUAUUUAUAUAUCUGGGAUGUAAAGUUCAGUACAAACGCGCAUGACUCUUGGGUGGCUGGCAAAAAGGGCUCAUGAGCAACCAGUCUCCCUUUCACCUCUGCAUGGCCUUCAGAAAAGUAGACCAUCCCAGCCUAGACUUGGCCAGGCAGGUAGGUUGUCCUGUUCAGUGAUGGCCCAAGCUACUUCUGCCUCUUUGAAGAUGCAUAACUGAGGCUCUCUUUAUCUGUGGUAUUCUUCUGUCUUUCCUGCUGGAUCAUUUACAACCUCUUUCCAGCCUUUCUAGUCUAAUUCUGUAUUCCCUAGGCAUUAUGCAAUAGGGGCAAGGCCUCCUUCAGCAACCAUCACCUUCAUGCAAGGUGGCACAGAUAUUUUCCCAUUUCAUCUUCAUUUUUUCAGUCAUAUUUUCCUGGAAAGCAUUCAUCCAGGACAUAGGCUCACUGGAUAGCAUUCAACCAGCCUCACUUACAGGGCAGGAGGGACUGAAUUCUUGUGAUCAGCUGUGAGCAAACUACCUGUCUGCUGGUCUGUCUCUUCCUCCUCCUCCUUCUGCAGGUUCUUUCUUCCUAUAGUUUGUAUCCACCACCAGAGAGCAGGCUCAAAAUCUUGAUUUCAGAGAAGACAAUGGGAAUUUUACUAUGUGCCCUCAGUGAGGACGCAUUUUUCACUCACUGAAUUUCAGGAUCCUACUGAGCAAGGAUUGUAGAAAUGGGUCAUAAUGAUCUCAGUGCUGUGGCCACCCCCUUAUGGGAAACACAGUGCACCAACAGAUCUGAUUCUUUUUCUUCCUCCAGAGUCUACCCAAAAGUGAAGAAACCAUAUCACACUCAUUAGCAUGCUAUGUGUUCCCUGGGUCUCUGCCUGGCUGCCUAGACAUGGACCCCAAAGGGACUUCUUUAUCCUCAUGAUUUCAUUUGUCGCCAGUUUGGAGCUGGGGCUGUUUUUUAACAUUGGUUUGUACAAUGGGGCCCUAUGGAUUGGGCACUAAUUUGGAGGCUUAUGGCUGCUAUUGUA